AUGCACAAGGCCCACAAGUUCGCUCUCGGCCUGCUCGCUGCGGCGGCAGUUGCCACGGCCUCCGAUGUUGUCCAGCUGAAGAAGGACACCUUCGACGAAUUUGUCAAGGCAAACGACCUUGUCCUCGCUGAGUUCUUCGCUCCGUGGUGCGGUCACUGCAAGGCGCUCGCGCCCGAGUACGAGGAGGCUGCUACCUCGCUCAAGGAGAAGGACAUCAAGGUCGUCAAGGUCGACUGCACAGAAGAGGCCGACCUCUGCCAACAACAUGGCGUUGAGGGCUACCCGACGCUCAAGGUCUUCCGUGGCCUUGACAACGUCUCCCCAUACAAGGGCCAGCGCAAGGCUGCUGCCAUCACAUCAUACAUGGUUAAGCAGUCACUGCCUGCCGUCUCCGAGGUGACCAAGGACACUCUCGAGGAGUUCAAGAAGGCCGACAAGGUCGUCCUUGUUGCCUACCUUGACGCCGCCGACAAGGCGUCGAGCGAGGUCUUCACCGCGGCCGCUGAGAAGCUCCGCGACAACUACCCCUUCGGUCUCAGCACCGACGCUGCCCUGGCCGAGGCUGAGGGUGUCACCGCUCCCGCCGUUGUUCUCUACAAGGACUUCGAUGAGGGCAAGUCGGUCUUCUCCGAGAAGUUCGAUGCCGAGGAGAUCGAGAAGUUCGCCAAGACCGCUGCCACCCCCCUGAUCGGCGAGGUUGGCCCCGAGACCUACUCCGACUACAUGUCGGCUGGCCUCCCCCUUGCCUACAUCUUCGCCGAGACCGCCGAGGAGCGUAAGGAGAUCAGCGAGCUUCUCAAGCCCAUCGCUGAGGCCCAGCGUGGCGUUGUCAACUUCGGCACCAUUGAUGCCAAGUCGUUCGGCGCCCACGCCGGCAACCUGAACCUGAAGACCGACAAGUUCCCCGCUUUCGCCAUCCAGGAGGUCGCCAAGAACCAGAAGUUCCCCUUCGACCAGGAGAAGGAGAUCACCUUCGAUGCCAUCAAGGCCUUCGUUGACGACUUCGUCGCCGGCAAGGUCGAGCCCAGCAUCAAGUCCGAGCCCAUCCCCGAGACCCAGGAGGGCCCCGUCACCGUCGUCGUCGCCAAGAACUACAACGACAUUGUCCUUGACGACACCAAGGAUGUCCUGAUCGAGUUCUACGCCCCGUGGUGCGGUCACUGCAAGUCCCUUGCUCCCAAGUACGAGGAGCUCGCUGCUCUGUAUGGCAAGAGCGAGUUCAAGGACCAGGUCGUCAUCGCCAAGGUUGACGCCACCGCCAACGACGUUCCCGAUGAGAUUCAGGGCUUCCCCACCAUCAAGCUCUACCCCGCCGGCAACAAGGCCGAGGCCGUCACCUACUCCGGCUCCCGCACCGUUGAGGACCUCAUCAAGUUCAUCGCCGAGAACGGCAAGUACAAGGCCAGCGUCUCGGAGGAGGUUGAGGAGCCCUCGUCGGCCGAGACCGAGGCUGCCAGCGAGACCGAGACCAAGGCCGAGGAGGCCAAGGAGACUGAGCACGACGAGCUCUAA